AUUAAACGAAGAGUGACAUAAUUAUUUGCGCGAGUCCCCACUCGCAGAAAAUGCUCAUUAAAACACUUGCGAAUACAUAGAAAAGAAUGGACGAGUGCAUGAUUAAUUUCACAGGAAUUGAAAACACAAACAAAUCUACCUGUCACCGGUAGGUAUGCAGAAUAGCUCACAGUUUAAAGACUAAAUCGUUUUGCUUGCCUACUGCUAACUGCAGCAAGAUCUGGUGCUCAGUAGGUAUAUAUAUACAAUCUCAGCCUAUCUGAGUCUGAGAUAGAAAGGGUGCUUGAGUACCAUGAGCCCCCCUGGCUGCGCUCCUGCUGACUGGCCUCUCCCGACCUCCAAGCUGCUUAUCCUGCUAUGUGUGCCUUCCUGUGUCCUAGUGUGCACUCUCCUGGGCUUGCAUUCUACACAGACUGAUUUCGUUCGUCCCAAGGUUUACUGCACCCCUAUCCCCACGCACACACUCAUCACACACCCCCACUCUCAGCGGGUUGUCCUAGUAACGGGCGCUGCCGGAUUUAUUGGCUACCACGUCAGCCGAGCCCUGGUUGACAACUGGAAGGCCACUGUAGUCGGUCUAGACCUAUUCACAGACUAUUACGACCCUCAACUCAAGCAUGACCGUGCAAACGAGCUAAUCAAGAUAGGGGUCACUAUUCACCGGGGCGAUGUCUGCGAUACUCAACUUUUACUGCAUCUGUUUGAGAGAUACCAGUUCACAGACGUCAUCCACCUUGCAGCUCAAGCAGGGGUCAGACACUCACUCAAGGACCCGGUCAGUUACGUGCGCAACAAUAUCCAGUGCUUUCAAGUUCUACUGGACACCCUGAAGCAAUUCAAUGAAACGUCUCUUGUGUAUGCAUCCUCCUCUAGUGUCUAUGGUCGAUCAGCCCCAGUCCCCUUCAGCACUCUCACACCUCCUAAUCCUCCAUCAAAUAUCUAUGCUGCCUCAAAGCAGACAAACGAACUGUUUUCCAAAACCUACUGCUCUCAAUACGGCAUCCAAUCAAUUGGGCUACGAUUUUUCACUGUGUACGGACCCUGGGGAAGACCAGACAUGGCUGUGUACAAGUUUACUGACAGCAUUAUCAACAAAAGACCUAUACCAAUGUUUACAGCAUCGCAAGCACUAGAGAGAGAUUUCACAUUUGUUGACGACAUAGUGGGUGUGAUUCUGGCAGCCCUAGACCACGCCCCCCAGUGUUGUGGGGAGGUGUACAAUGCUGGUCUCGGAGAGCCAGAGAGUCUGUCCACACUAGUGAGGCUGCUGGAGGAGGAGCUCAAUUCAACAGCAGACACAGAUCCGUCUCCUUUGUUAUCAUGUGACAUGCAUAUGACCUGGGCGGACAUGGAGGAAACAAAGAGAGUCUUGGGGUACACACCUCGUGUCAAAUUGAGGGACGGUCUUCGAGAAUUCAUAGCGUGGUACAAACACUAUCACUCUCAGAAUAAAACCAGUGAAAGAUUGAAGGAGUUGUAUGGGGAAGGGGAAGUUAUUGCUACGAUGGCAAAGGGAAACCUGGAGCAAAGAAACAGAGAGUACAAUGACAGAAUCAAUGGUCUUAAACAAAGGUAUUAUCAGUAUGCGAAAGAUCGUGACAUUCCAUUACCUGUCCUUACAAAGAAGAGAUUCAUCUUCUACCCAGGUAAGGAGUCACCUGGACACACUGUGAUCAAGGCCCCUAGUUACAGAGGCAACCUGAAGCUUUUGGAGGAGCGUUGCCUGGCUACAGAGCAGUGUAUAGCAUUCACUAGUUCUGGGGAGUUUAAGAACAGACUGACUCCCAUGAAUAAGUGGGUGGCUACACCACAAGAGGAUGGGAUGUAUGUGGCAGACAUAGACUUGUGUGCAUCCGACCUACACUUCUGUGGAAAGCACUCGGAUUGUGUUUACACAGGACCUGCCAACUACACUUGUGCGUGUCACCAUGGCUACCUGAAGCUGGGGCAAAACUGUGUGGAAAGGUAUGUGCAAGGUGAUGUUGGAGCAACAGAGGAGGAGUGGAUCUUGUCAGAUCAGUUUGACGGGUUUAACUGGGAGGAGGAAGUUCGAGGGAGACCAUUUGUGUUCUUCCAAGGCUUGGACUCCCCCGGAGGUGACUACCUGGUUGUAGAGGGGCGAAGUCUGGAGGAAUUGAGGGAUGUGUGUCUCUCCACUCGACACUGUCUGGCCUUCAACACUAACGGCAUUCUCAAGGACUCUCUGCGGCCACCUAAUGUGUGGGGCAGGUGGGCAGGGCCUCAAUACCCCCAACACGGACUCUAUGUCUUAGAUAUCGACUAUUGUAGCUUGAAUUUGGAGCAAUGUCCCCCUCACUCGCUCUGCCUGAGGCACUCUCCUGGUAACUACAGCUGUACCUGCACACCUCCCUGGAUCCCCACCCAUGACCACAGCUGUACUAUUGACCUCGUACACAUUAUACUGUCAACUGAUUCGGAACAACUCCCCGGACUGAUCAGUGUCAUCAACUCCACCUUAAACCAUACCCAACACUCGGAGCAAAUUGUAUUUCAUAUCGUAUUCAUUGGAGAGCGAUUCGUGAUUGAAUCCUAUCUGAGUUGCUAUGGCUACAGCGACCACCCACAGAUUGACAUCACCAUAUUCAAUGCUAGCCUGAUAACAGAGCCUAUUAAGGUGUACUCAAAAAUCAGCCACGUUGGACACCUAGCCAGUACCGGAAAUUUUGCAAGGUUCUACUUUCAUCUCCUCUUUCCGGAGCUGAGUCGUGCAGUGUACCUGGAUGUGGACACGGUUGUGUUAGGGGACAUGGCGGAGGUUUGGAGCACGCUACAGACAACAAACACACUCUUGGUGGCUGCUCCAAGAAUCUCACCGACAUAUGGAGAUAUGUUGUCUGUACAUGUCAAGACAUUGUUUAGGGAACGAUACCAGAGGGAAUUCAGAUCUGAUGAUGUUACUUUCAAUGCUGGCGUAUACGGAGUUAACCUUGACCUUUGGCGAGAGAAUCGUAUCCAUGACGAAGUAGCGUAUUGGAUGAACCAGCAAGCUAAAGCUCCACUGUGGAAGUAUGGAACACAGCCAAUCAUGUUGCUAGUGGCUCACAGACAAUGGGGACACCUGGACCCACACUGGAAUGUUAAUGGACUGGGCUGGAACACGAAGAUGAGCAGACGCGAUGUGGAUGAGGCAAAACUACUUCAUUGGAGUGGGAAAGGAAAACCAUGGCUACCCAAUGGACUAUACAAAGAUUUGUGGCAUGCACACAAUCCUCCGUCGUGCAGUGGGCACGGUCAAUGCAUCACCAUGGAGACAGGCAUCUAUACGUGCCGUUGUGACAAUGGCCAUAUAGGAGAACUUUGCAGCCAACAAAACUGACCAAUUUAUACUGUAGCUGUAUUCACAAAUUAAAACAAAAUUUAAUCAUCAAUGAAAGCACCAC